UAUUUAUCAUUCACUAUUCUUCAUUCCUAAUUUGCUCGAAUUUGGCCAUUAAUCCCCCAUGUUGAUCCGCAAAUAACGAAUCUAUAUCAUAUUUUCUUGUUUUAAAAAAAGGAAAUUGGAAAUUAUUUGUCGAACAAAGACAUCUAAGACCUGCCAGGUCAUUGUCGACGUGGUAGAGCAUAAACCUAGAUAUUUAUUUUUGCCAAGUAGACCCGGAUAGACUUAAGUAAGCGACCGUCACCACGGAUACGUACGGAUACUCAUACAUAUUUAGUCACGCAAUGUGACGAGUAUGGUAGGUAGUAGACGGUGGUAUACAUAGAGGUUCUAGUCGCAGAGGGGUCAGUGUAAAACUGUCUUCUGUCCGUGACGUGUCGAACCGUAGUCGAUCGAAUGAACCGUCAACGAACUGUUCAAACGAGGUUCCUCUUUAAGGACCUAAAGAAUUCUACAUAGAGAAAGGAAGCGCAAACGAGUUAAGAAUUUCCUUAUCGCAGGACACUAGAAUCCUUGAAUCCCUCUACUCUUUUUAUACAUGAGGUUAAGUUUAGCGGCGGAUGGAUAUCACUAUUAUCGGCUAAAAGGCCGUUAAACGUAUUUUAUUCGAUUCGCCAGCCAGUGGAAACAUAGCCCGUACCCGAUGAGUGUUCGAUUGACGGGCGGCCAUAUGGUGAAGCAGAGGAGAUUUAUCGGAAAUACCAAUAACAAAAUGAUCAAUAUACAUUUGUAGAAGAUUUGUAUGGAUAUCUUAGAGAAGUAAUUUAAUACGCACGAUCCGAAUGUAACAUACGUUGUUCCUCAUGAAUUAGGUACGAAAAUAGGCCUACGUACGAGACUUAUCACGAAUUUUAUGAGGCAACUAUUUACAUUCGCGAUUACAUUUGCGUAAGACGCGUUGUCGAGUACUGCAAGAAGAGUUACAGAUUCGUCAACGAGUCGAAACAUUUUAAUAGGUUUCUACGAGCCAGGAGACGAGUGCUAGAUCCGAGUGCGGAUCUAGAUGUGAUCGUACUUGUGAUUCGAUUUUCUUUUUUUUCCAUUUUAUCCAGAUUUACAGAGAUUUACAGAGAUUUUUUUACUUUCUUAUUACGGUGAGUAAGACACGAUACCAUUGCUUGUCCAUUUCUUCUUUUAUUCGGAAAUUCAAAUAAUAAAAUCAAAUAAAAGUUGUAGAACGUGUUUUCGCGUUUCGCAGAAAAGUAGUAGAAAAUUUCCGAACGUAGAACAGAGAACCGAAUAUUUUUCGCGUAUAAUAUCGAAUGUAUCGAAUUAUCAUGCUGCCUAGAAUAUAAUUGCAGUUCGUAUUGAAAGCCAUUUCGGAAUAAUUGCAAUAUCGAGAUAUUCGUAUUUAUAACAGGAUAAUUCUAAAAGCUUUAUGAACAAAAAUAAUAGAUCUAACGCUCAAUAUGUAAUGGCAUUUUAAAAAUCUAAGAAAAUAAAUAUUUUAUGUUAAUAAAAAAAAUCAAAUUCAAUGUUCAAUAUCUGUCUCUUUGCGAGCAUUACGAAAGACAUUUGGAAAGUUUCAUAACGCAAUUCUAACAGUAUUCGAUAGAAAUGGUUUUUUAAAAUGACGAUAUGAGUAUCAGAUCAGAUCGCAAGAAGUAGGGACAACGUAGAGAAUUUGCAAAGCAAUUCAUAGUUCGCGACAGUACCAUUGACAGAAAUAGUGAGACAUUUAGCGAUCCAUCUAGACAAUCGAACGGCAAACAACUUGAUUCGUUAAAAACAACUUGAUCGAGUUUAGCGUGUGGCCAAUAUAACAAUAACUUGCCAGCGUAUCGCGUGCGUUUCUCUAGACUGAGCUGUCGAACUGUCAUUGAGACUAAUCGAUUAUUCAGAGCAACCUCUCCCCGCUUGAAUGUCGCAGAAAACAGACGUCGUCGUAAUCUUGCCUUUUGUUCUUUUUUUUUUCAGAUUUUAGAUACUAUCGUUUAUCUUACAGAGGAGGAAGAAUAAAGUCAAAGUAAUCGAGAGCGGUAACCGCAGUAUCCAUUACGUUUUAUAACUCUCGCGAUAUUGAUACAAAGGCAAUCCCCGACAGAUUUUCAUGUCACAAUCGAGCAAACGCAUGGUCGAAAAUUCUGCGGGAAAAAUGGUGUUUUAAUUUGCGAAGUCUGAACCAAUUUUCGACCUUUCCGUGUGCCGAGCCAGGCAGAGUUUCGUCAUAAUGGGCUUUAAGUAAGAAUGCACAAUGACGCAGCGAAUUUAUCCGUUGUCGAUGAACCCCCGCGAGGGAUCACCGGAUAUUCAAAUGGAGACUCUCUCAAAUCAUUCCCCCCGCCAGGAAAAAAUCCUCUCGAGGUGGAAUUUACACCACCGCAAACGAAGGAGGAGACGAAGGAUAAGCCAGCUUCAGAAUCGCCAACGCUGGUACCCGUGCCUUACUACAAACUGUUUCGAUUUGCGACAUGCGGCGAGUUGAUACUGAUCGUCAUAGGCUUACUGAUGGGGAUCUUGGUAGCCUUGGGCAUUCCAGCUGCAAUCAUCGAGUAUGGUGAAUUCACCACGCUCUUAACAGAUCGCUCUAACAUGAAUAGUACUUGGACUACACCAACCGUCAUAUUGCCAUGGUUUGGAGGUGGAAAGAUUUUAGGUCCUAAUGCAACUUACGAAGAGAAAAUGGACGCUCUUUAUGACGACUCGGUAGCCUUCGGCGUGGCCUGCGCGACACUGUCGGCGAUUAUGUUCAUUUUCAGCACGAUAAUGGUCGACUUGCUUAAUAUGGCUGCCACUAGACAAAUCAACAGGGUACGCAAGAUGUUCCUGAAAGCAGUCCUUAGGCAGGAUAUGGCGUGGUAUGACACGAACACGUCGACGAACUUUGCGAGCAGAAUCAACGAUGAUUUGGAGAAGAUGAAGGACGGCAUAGGGGAGAAGCUAGCCAUUUUCACGUAUUUGAUGACUUCGUUUUUCGCUUCCAUCAUCAUCUCGUUUGUAUACGGCUGGAAAUUGACCCUGGUGGUGCUAAGUUGCGCACCAAUUAUAAUCAUCGCCACGGCCAUAGUGGCUAAGGUACAGAGUUCUCUCUCAGCUUUGGAACUAGCGGCUUACGGUCAAGCUGGUAGCGUCGCCGAGGAGGUUCUCGCCGCCAUCAGGACUGUGGUUGCAUUUAAUGGCGAACAGAAAGAGGUGGAGAGAUAUUCGGAAAAACUCGUGCCCGCGGAAAAAACUGGCAUUAGAAGAGGGAUGUGGUCCGGGAUCGGCGGAGGUGUCAUGUGGCUCAUCAUUUAUCUCAGCUACGCGUUGGCAUUCUGGUACGGCGUGCAAUUAAUUCUGGACGACCGCCCGAAAGAAGUGAGAGAGUACACGCCAGCGGUACUCGUUAUCGUGUUCUUCGGCGUUUUGUCAGGUGCGCAAAACAUGGGUCUUUGCUCUCCGCAUUUUGAGGCUUUCGCGAUGGCGAGAGGUUCGGCGACUGCGAUUUUCAAUGUUCUCGAUCGCGUGCCGACGAUCGAUAGCCUCAGCAAGGAGGGCCGACGUCUAGACUCCGUCAAUGGCGAGAUCGAGUUCAAAAACGUCGCGUUUAGUUACCCGGCGAGAAAGGAUAUCCAGGUGCUCGAAUCGUUGAAUUUAAAGAUCAAUCGCGGUGAAACAGUGGCGCUUGUAGGCGGAUCCGGCUGCGGAAAAUCCACGUGUUUACAGUUGAUUCAAAGACUCUACGAUCCUCAAGAUGGACAGGUCCUCCUCGACGGAGUCGACGUGUCGACACUGAACGUUCACUGGCUGCGCUCGCACAUCGGCGUGGUCGGUCAGGAGCCGGUGCUCUUUGACACAACGAUACGCGAGAACAUCCGCUACGGAAAUGACAGCAUUACCGAAGAGGAGAUGAUCAAAGCCGCGAAGGAAGCGAACGCUCACGACUUCAUCAGCAAACUGCCGGAGGGAUACGACAGUCCUGUGGGCGAAAGAGGCUCUCAGAUGUCAGGUGGACAAAAGCAGAGGAUCGCCAUCGCACGUGCGUUAGCGAGGAAUCCGGCGAUACUUUUGUUGGACGAGGCGACGUCUGCAUUGGAUGUUCACAGCGAGGCGACGGUGCAAAGAGCUCUCGACGCGGCAGCGAAGGGAAGAACGACGAUUAUAGUCAGCCACAGACUCUCUACGAUUACCAAUGUCGACAGAAUCGUGUUUAUUAAGGACGGAGUCGUCGUCGAGCAAGGAACUCACGAGGAACUGAUGGCACUUAAAAAACAUUAUUACGGAUUGCAUGCCGCCCAUGUGGAGGCCGCAGCUAAAGAUAAAGCCACGAGGGCUGCUGCCAAGGCCGCGCUGUCAAGCCCGAUAGCGAAGGCGAAACCGCCGCUGAACAAACAAUUCUCAACGUUAUCCGCGCAUUCCCAUCGACUUUCGCUCGCGAGAUCUGAAUCCUCGGAUGGCGAGAUCGAAUUGGAGGAACACGAGAAACCUUACGACGCGCCCAUGACAAGGAUUUUCGGUUUGAAUAAACCGGAAUGGCUAUUAAAUAUAAUCGGAAGUAUCGCGGCAACGACGGUGGGCGCUUCCUUCCCAGCCUUUGCCGUACUGUUCGGUGAAAUCUAUAGAAUUCUGAAUCUUCCGGAUCCCGAGGAGGUCAUGAGGCUGACCGUUCUCAUCUCGAUACUUUUCAUCGUCAUUGGCAUAAUCACGGGUAUCAGCACUUUUCUGCAGAUGCACAUGUUCGGCCUGGCCGGUGUACGUAUGACGACGCGAAUAAGAAAGAUGACGUUCGCCACGAUGCUGAAACAAGACAUGGGCUGGUACGACGAGGAUUCUAACAGCGUAGGCGCGCUCUGCGCGAGGCUGGCUUCUGAUGCUGCGGCGGUCCAGGGUGCAACUGGAACUCGCGUCGGUUCGAUGCUCCAAGCGUUUUCGACUCUCGUCAUCGGAAUCAGCAUAUCCCUGUCUUACACAUGGAAGAUGACCCUGGUCUCGAUAGUAUCGAUCCCGCUGGUGCUCGGCGCGAUAAUCUUGGAAGCGCGAGUUAUGGGCGGCAUAGGUAUGCGGGAAAAGAAAAAGAUGGAGUCGGCCACCCGGGUAGCCGUCGAGGCGAUAACUCACAUACGCACGGUCGCCAGUCUCACCAAGGAGGAGGUCUUCUAUCAGAAAUAUUGCACGGAGCUGGACCACGUUGCUAAAGCGAAUAAAGUAAAAAGCAGACUAAGGGGCAUUGUAUAUUCGUGCGGACAAACGGCACCGAUAUUCGGUUAUGCCAUAAGUCUCUUUUACGGCGGUUACUUAGUGUCCCAAGAGGGCCUGGCUUACGAAAAAGUCAUAAAAGUAUCGGAAGCAUUGAUCUUCGGCUCGUGGAUGCUCGGACAGGCACUCGCCUUUGCACCGAACUUCAACACGGCCAAGAUCUCGGCCGGCAGGAUCUUCAAGCUGCUCGACAGAGUGCCGGAAAUCACCUCACCGCCAGGAUCAGAGGGAAAGGAUUCAGACUGGAAGGCGGAUGGCUUGAUACAAUUCUCGAAGAUCAACUUCCAAUACCCGACGCGGCCGGAGAUGUCGGUACUCAAAGGGCUGAAUCUAAUCGUGAAGCCGGGUCAGAUGGUGGCUCUUGUAGGCCAGAGCGGUUGCGGCAAGUCGACUUGCAUCCAGUUGCUGCAGCGGCUCUACGAUCCCAUCUCCGGCACCGUGACAUUGGAUCGGCGUGACAUCGCCUCGGUUUCGCUUGCCACACUCAGAUCACAGCUCGGCGUCGUCGGGCAAGAACCUGUCCUCUUUGACAGAACGAUCGCGGAGAACAUCGCUUAUGGCGACAACAGCCGACAAGCGUCCAUGGACGAGAUCAUCGAGGCCGCCAAGAUGUCGAAUAUACACAACUUUGUCACAUCGUUGCCAUUGGGUUAUGAUACCAAAUUAGGAUCCAAGGGUACUCAACUAAGCGGCGGACAGAAACAACGGAUAGCAAUUGCACGUGCGCUAUUGAGAAAUCCUCGAGUUUUGCUAUUGGACGAAGCAACAUCAGCCCUCGAUACGCACAGCGAGCAGGUCGUGCAGGCGGCCCUAGACAAGGCCAUGCAGGGCAGAACGUGUAUCACCAUAGCCCACCGUCUGGCAACCAUAAGAAACGCCAACGUGAUCUGCGUGCUCGAUCGGGGCACCGUGGCCGAGAUGGGCACCCACGACGACCUGAUGGCGGCUGAUGGUCUUUACGCUCACUUACACACUCUCCAAGAGUCCUCUAUACAAUAGUAGAAGAGCGACACGGCGUCGGAUUUCUUCGCUUUUUCCUUCUUCGCGCGACUCAGCCGUGAUGGUGGAUCGAGCGUCUUGGAGAUGUGAAACCGAUUCGGAGACGAUGUGAAAAACGAAUAAGAACGGAACGAACGCGAAGAGUCCACAGAGCGGAACUCGAACGGCCGUGAUCGCCAUCGUCGAAAGAUUCGCGGACCGCAAGACAUCAAGGAACACAAACAAUGUCCAAAGGAACGGAAAGCCGCCAAGACGGAAGAUGGAUUUUGUAGGUUUGCUCUCGUGAAGCAGCCAAUGAUCCAUCCUACGUGUCGAUUUUAUGAACGUGACGACACGCAGCACCGUGAUUUAAAAUUACUGAUCGAGAAUCGAGCAACGUAUUUUCGACGGAAAUCUGACUCUCGCAAAUAAAACUUUGAAAUCUUAUCAAUAUUCGUUUCUUUUUUUUUAAAUUGUUGGAUUUGGUUUUCAAUCAGUGAGACAAUUGAUUGCAAAACUUUCGAUCGAGACUAUCACUGAUCAUUUUAUUUUUUUUUACACGAGUAUUAAUAAAUUAGUAGGAUCUUAAUCUUUUUACAAAAUUAUCUUUUUUAUUCUAUCUCGACUGUUCAACUCGUCUAUUCCCUCUUAAAUAAUUUAAUACAAAUUAUUUGCUACGGCUGUUAGACUUAAGCCCUCCGUUAAAGACCUUUUUAUCGGAGGGCAUGCAUGCUACUUCUCCUGGCGGCCACGUUACUUCAUUAGGCAUCGUAUCUCGCUCACCCACGUAACGAUCCAUCCUUCUAGGCGGCGAAACGUUAUCCAUAAUGGCAGGCGAUGUAAUAGACUUUACUGUCCCUCUACCCCCGCCGUUAUUCGUAUGCGUCGACUUUCCUCCGUAGCGUUUUCUCGGGUGAUAUUUCUUCACACACGAAGCGCAAACUUCCUGCGAUCUUUAUGAGAGCCAUCGUAUCUCGUGACGAGUGCUAGGAAAUUUGAUUGUCCUUUUUCUCAUAAGAAAAAGGAUAAAAAAGAAAUAUAAGCAAAUACCUUUUCUGUACCGCUAACAUUACAGUUCCGACAGAUCAUCUACGAUCUGUUGCUUUGUUCCGUCAGUCGAAAGAUCGGUGCGUUGGUCUGAAUAGAAUGCAAUUAGCGUAAUUAAUGUUAUUGAUCUACGCCCUUCUCGUGUCUCGCUAGAUUGAACAGACGGCGAAUAACUGAAUCGAUCAGUUUGCGGAACGUAACUCGUGUAACAAGGCGUGCAAAUGGUGACAGGUGUUCAAGGCUGUAAAGGCGUGACGUAUAUAUAUAUAUAUAUAUAAAAGAAUGUCCUCCGUCGCCGUCAUCAUCGUAAUUUCGACAGUGUCGUGGCUUUAAACGACGUAGCAUGAAAAAUGUAUAAGUAUUUCUCUAAGAAUAAUACACACUCCACCCGCAACCCCUCUCCUCCUCCCACCUCCGUCACCCGCGCGUUUCUUCAUUUUUUCUCUUUUACCUGAAAAAUUCAGAUGUUCAUUUUUAUUCCCUCGCGAGGAAGAGAAAAAAAUUCCCUUCUCAUUCGGAUACUCGUAAAAUACAGUGAAUUCACCCAAGGGGCGAAACGUCGAAUAUACAAAAUCCGCGGAAGGACAUAAUAAAUUGUCGUCGCCCUUUUAUCGCUCGUUUAGAGACUACAUGUUAGUCUAGCGGACUCACCUGACGGAAAGGUGAAAGAAAGAUGAUAAAGUGGCGGCGACGAGGGCGAUAAGGGAUGCGUGCAAGGGAGGCGUGUUUGUUUGGCGGUAUCCUCGGAGGGAGGAAAUACUCUUUUUCGCCGGAAAAUAUACGUGUCUGCGAGCAUGUGCUGAAUUCGAUCGAAAGAAAUUAUGUAAAGCGGCGCUCGUGUAUGGGUAAAAUUUAUCACCGUAAUAACAGUCAUGUGUACGAUAUACGUAUAACGUACGAAUAAAUAAAAUGAAAUAGGAAAUCAUAUAUAUUUACGAGAGGAGACGCGACUCCGGCGCGUAAGUAUCCGGCUUCCCCCAUACGAAAACGGCUUUCUUCGCGCGAAACGAAAAUCGAUAAUCGUGAAACAAUCAGCGAUUCGUGCGGCGGAAUGGCGGUUAUGCCAUAAAAUAAAUUAUAAAUUUACACGUCGCAGCCGAGUCAUCUCGCGAUUACAUUCCCUCCCGAUACCCGAUGUCUUUUCUCUUUAGGCCUUAAUAACGAGACUCGCGAGCCAGCGCGAAGACUUAUCGGAUUUAGCGAUGACAUACGCUCGACGAGAACGAGAGAAGUGCGUGUAAAAAGAUCCGAGACAAUUUUUCAGAAUUUGCGUCCUUUGGUUUAAGCGAGCUGCCGUAUCACGGACAUGGUCGCAAUCCAUUAGGGAGAUAAAACUAUGCAAGCAUGUCCUGACGAAACGAUAAAAGAGCGAUCCCUGCUAAUCGAGAUACAACCAAACAAAUAAACGACUGCUAAUCGCACGUAUAAAAAAUAAAGAUUAAUCUUUGCUUCAGAAGAGUUUUCGUGAAGUCCGUAUCUAUUUAAAACAAUUUUAACUAUUUUCUUAAAGCAUUUACACAUUUACAUAUAGAAAGUUACAAAUAGAUUUAAAUCGAUUGAGAUCGAUUUAAAUUCACAUUGACGAAGUAAAUAAUUACAUAAAAUGAAUAUAAUUAUAUUUAUAUAUUUAAUAACAGUGAACAACAUCGAAGGAAACAGUGUAAUUUUAUAACUCUUUUAAUUUCUGAUUAAAUCACGAACGGCUAUUUAAGAUUAAGGCUGCGACCAUCAUAAUUUAAGAAUUUAAAAGAUCUUAUAAUUAAUUAUAAUAAGAGAAUAGAAUAAACUACCUCGAUUCAGACAUAUAAAAAAAUGCUAGAAUCCGAAAAUUAGUGUGAUUUAUACAAAGGAUCAAACGUGCAUAUCAAACGGUUAUGCGCACUUGCAGAUGAUAUCAGGAUGAGGUAUUAAAAUUUUUGUUAUAAGAGAGAAAUAUUAUUGUAGCGUAAUAAUAAAGGAAGCUAUAAAACGGA